AUGAACGAAAUCGAUGCGCUUGGCUUGACCUCAUUGGCGGCACGGCCCCCGGGUGUGACAAAAAAAAAACCAGAAAAAAUGGAGAUCAACUGUUUUCUCAAGAGUUUCGAAGUUAUAGAUUGUGGCGUUUGAUAUUAGGUACGAGCAAAAAUUGUCUUCUUGGAUUUUUUAUGGGAAGAAGAUUAAGCCGAUUUUCAUGCAAUUUCAUGUGUUCCUAAAUGGUUCGAUAUUAGUAACCAAAAAAAAAAGUGGAUGUUCAAAUAUUCUAGAAGGUCAAUCUUUGAAUAAGAAUUAACGGAAUUUUCAAAAGCUCAGAUAAAAAAAACGGCCUUUGAACGAAUUUUAAGCAGUUGUAAUUACGAAUGGAUAAGCAGAUGGAAAACAAAAAUUUGAGCAAUCGUUUUGAAGGAGGUUGGAGAAAGACACUUGGAUGUAGUGGUGGAGGCCAUAUGGGUUUUCCCGGUAUCAAAUGUCUCAUCAGCGGCGACCAAGCAUUCACGGUCAAUAGUUAGGAUAAAGUGGAGUGGAUCCUAAGAAGCGAUGACGUCAUCCGUCAAGGUGUUUAGUCACAAGGUUAAUGGAUAUUGCGAGGAUAGUCCCAACAGCUUCCCACCUCUCUUUAUUUCUUAAAGCUUGUCAAAAUUUGAAACUGAAGACUGUAAACGGUAUAAUAUUUUCCUUAUUCUGAUCAUUUCCUCUAGCAGCAACUUGAAAAAUCGAAAAAAAUAAAAAUUUGAAAGUUCGAAUUUCAAAAAGCCGCAACAAUGGAUUGGAAAAAAAGAAAGAAGACCUCACAAUAGGAUUUUAAGGUUUAGAUAAGCGACGGUAGGCCCGAUGAAGAAGUGGGCGGAGCAUGACCAUCUGACCGCGGCGUCAAGCACUUUCACUGAAGACACCUGAGCCAACAGCAAUGGCGCAACAUUUCAAUCUCCAGGAGCAUCAAACGGUUGUCGAGCCCAUUAAGCUUGACCAGGUCUAGAACAAAUACCCAAGGCACGCGCCUAAAUGACUGGUUGAGGAAGCUCUCGCGGCAGCCGCGUGAAAGAGACUGGUGCUAAUUACCACCUCUUGGCUAAUGGGGCUCAAUUAAGUGCUCCACGGAAGUACACAGGUAAGGUUGCUGGCGGUAAUAGUUGCCACUUUAGACCUUCCUUGAGCAACAAUCCAAGAGCAAGGACGUGAAAAUCAGCUCUACGCUUGAGCAGUUUCCACAAAACGAAGUCGAGUUAUUAUCUCUUUUCAAAGCUACCAGCCUGUAUAAAGACCAAACUGGAUUUGGACUGGACUACCAAACUGGAUUUGGACUAUGAAUGUCAAAAAUGUUAUCCCAUGAUUACAGAAAAUAAUUUUGACGUUGAGCAACUCUAGAGGAUUUUUCAGAUUCUUGAAAAGUCUAGAAAGACUUUGAUUCUUCCACAGAAGUUAAUAUUGAAGAAGAAAAGACAGUAGGCUUAAAAUUUUGCGAUUUUAUUUCCCACAUUUUUCAAAAGUUUGACGCGACUCCUUAAAGGAGCCAAUAUUUGACCCUUAGGCCAAUACCACAAGAGCCGCGGAGCAACAAUGCAUGAGCACUGCCAAAUGCACGGCCGAGUCUUAGUUAAGGCAAACGAUUAGUGAAUUACCGAAGACGGCUCUUGAAAAUCUCGAGUGCGCCUUCCGGAACGUCAACACAUACAUUAGGAAGCACAAUGGUCAGCCUUUUGGAGUACUACAACGAAGGUCCAAUCAAAACACUAGAAGGCAUCUGACGGCAACAUUCCGCACAGGAAAUGCGCUCCGAGGACGGUUGGAUUCAUCCCGAAGAUUAAUCGGUACAAGCGGUUGAGCAAAAAGGCGGAGGUGAAAAAGUCGGCCUUGAGCGGUUUUUUGAAAAGCCGUCCAGCAAAGAUGGAUAACGCAGAUGCUUCGAAUACAGGUGCACAAAUAAAAGUAAAUCUUAUUCUACAGAAGAAGCUAAGGCGAGUAUUAUGAUACCGAUAAGGUACUCUCCUUUCUGGUUCACUUAAACUUUUAAAGUUCAAAUUAUAUCCAAAUGGACUUGCAACUCAACUUUCUUUGAGUUUAAUGUUUCACAAUUGAAACGCACUCAUAUCCAACCGAAUCACUUGAAAAGUCCAAAGAAACUGAGUGAAUAAACGGCGCUCCGUAUCCGAAAGAAAACUCGAACGUCUUCAAACCACGAAUUUUCCUUUCUUUCUGGCCGCGUUUCCACGUUUCCAAUUGUAUUGGGAGGCCGAACCAGUUGCAUUCCAACCCGUCGGUCGCCAAAGCCGCAGACGUUAUUUCAACAAUACGACGUUUAAGGGAUUUUUGGCCAACACCGCUGGCAACUGAAAAAAUCAAAAGUUAUUGUCCGUUGACUUCCCAAAAUACAAAUUUUUGAUAGUAGCGAUGUAUAGGUUUGAAAUCUUGACGUUUUUCAGAGACAGAAUUCUUAUUAGAAAAAAGUUUUCAAAACGACAAAUGUAAAAAAAAUUUUACAGGCAGACUACCCAAUUUGAAAAAUUACAUUUACUAAACUUAUGGCUCGUGCUUUUGGAAACGCGAGCCAACACUGAAUGUACUACAGCGUAAGCCAAGAAGUGACUUGAGCGCUAUCGAGGAUUAAUUAUUUGGUAAAUAUCCUAGCGUCGUUGGGAAUUCCCAAAAGUCAUACAUUACUUGAAAGGAAUAGGCGAACGGCAAUGAAUCAGACGGUGGUAAACGCCGGCACAACUUGAAGCUUAUCAUGGCUUCGGCUCCGCCUUUUCCGACACCCGCUGUUUAGUUUGGACCGCCAGGAAGAUUUCGCUUAGUGAAACCUAUUAUUAAGCAUUCAAGCAUUAGGAUGCCAUUGGAGCGCAAAAAGAAGAAUUAUACAUAGAAACUCGCGUCUGGACGGUCAACCAGGUGCCGUGGCAUGUGUCUGAACUGGUCUCAAAGGUCACGACGACAGAAGGAGUGAACAACAAAACGGUCAGCGUGUAAUUCUGGCAAUUAUACGUGACUUGCGAAGAUCUGCGAGACUUGUUGCGCAGCUCAUCAGAAAACGUGUUGACAUGGAGGAGCCAAAACAUAUGGACGGCUGUACAGUCGAGAAAGAACACGCGUCCCCGCUUCCAUUGUACACUUUUUUAAACGGGUCGAGGACGAAAAAUUGAUGAAAAGCAAGUCUUUGGGAUCAGGAAUUAAAAGGGAGAAUUAUUCCAGGAAAAAAAAAAUACAGUUUAUAACGAGAAAAAAAAUAGGUAAAUAGUUUUUCAAAUUUUUUUCACUUCAUACAAUUGGAACAGUACUUCUUUUUAUCCAUUUUUUUGAGUUUGUAAAAAAAUGAAUGACCGCACAAAAAAAGUAAUAUCUCAGAAAGAAUAAUAAAUUGAUAAGAGAAUGCUUAUCAAUGUGAUACGAUAGCGGCGCAUGAAAACUAUUUUCUUAUCUUCUUGGUCAGCUGAUAAAAAGGAACGGCAAUUAUUUCAAGGAAGAUCAAUGUUCUCAAAAAUUCGGACUUUUGUGUGAAACAUUCGAAAUUUUUGAAAAAUGUAUCGAAAAGUGGUUGAGCCAGUAAGCUUCAAAAUAAAAAUAGAAAACCAAGCUGGAUUAGAAAAAAAAGAGAGUAUAGAAAGAGCUCUAACGGACGGAUUUAGGCUUUGAAGCUUGGUAGAACAAAGGACGUGGAGCGGGUGACAAUGGCAUACGUGACCUUGCAAAUAAACAAGCACAAACACGGUCCGAUAGCAUCUAGCCAAACAAAGUGAGCUGCAGGACCUUGCCGCCAACAUCACACUUCUUUGUGGAGGAUAUGAAGUGACCCCCGUUUGACGCCAAACAACGCCGGACAAGCACUUGAGGAACUAUGGCAGGCCGCGGACAAUGCUGGCCUCGACCGUCGAAACUCCGCCCCCCGACUUUUGCACGCGCCGAAGAUCUACCUCAUAAACAAAUCUUUUUUUAAUCUCUAUUAUGCAGCAAUGUACAAAGAUUGCGAAACUGUCUGGCUUCUUGCGAAAUUUUUCAGAAAAAUUUAG